UCCCCAUCCCCCCAUCCCCCACAGAAAGAAGAAACAGUUCGUAGCAAUUUGAAAAAUGGAAUAAACGAAAUUUCUAUUGAAAAAGGUAAAACGACUCCUGGUCCCAAUAGGUGAAAAGUUCAAGUAUAGUCCAUUUCUGCCGCUCUCCUUAUAAGAAACUGCAUACACGGGGAUAUAGCGCAAAUUGACAGGAAUAUGGAGAACUACCUCAAAGGAAUUGUUAUCAUUCUGCUGUCGGGAUUUGUUAAAGCCAGCUCUAACCCUUCUGCAAACAUAACAUAUGUCUUUCCAGACAACACGUGCGGUUUGCCCGUGUCAACGCGUCACACCAAUGCGUCACAAUUAUUCAUAUUUAAGUACGAAGGACGCGAGAUUCCUGAGGAUUGUCAGACGGUGGGUCUACACAGCAGUGACGCCUCGCUGAACCACUACGUACUCUGCGUCACGGCUGAGUCCUUCAUUGACCCAAAUUGUAGCGUCACCGUCCAGUUCACCUUUAGUAACAACGUCAUGGAAUUUAACUGCAAUACAACAGAAAAUGAAACAUUUUGCACAAACCAAGAGUCGGAACUAAAGGUUAAGACAAUGACAAAUGUUGGAUAUCAGAACGCCAAAUUUACAAUAUUCGUUCAAAACGAUCUGUCAACAAUACAUUCCGACAGUCUUGUGACAGACAUGGGGGUGGUAGCUGGAAUAGCAAUUGGCUGUACCCUGGGUGUUCUGAUCAUCGCCCUCGUAUGUUAUAUGUAUAUCAGGGGGAGGAACUCUAGUCGCGCUGCUUAUCAUUCUGCCAAGUCCUGAUGACUGUUACAGUAUCAAUUCUAAAAACCGUCAGAUGAGACAACCCAUGACAGAAUGAAUAUCGAUCCUACAUGUCAUUUUAACUCUCUGUAAGAUGAAUGCACGUAGAAGACAAACAAGCACCAAGAAGUAAAUGCAAAUUAAAAAGAGGUGAUGCAUCGGAUGUAUGGAUUUGUUAUUAUAAUAUUUGACAUCUACAUGUAGUUGUUGUAUUGGUUUAAUUCACUUUAAACUAAGUGUCAUCUGAGAUACCAUAAGAGAUAUCACACAGGAAAAUGAUGUUAAUAUAUGCCCACAUAUUUUUUAUCAAAUGCAUCCAUAUAAGUUUAUAUUUUUGUAUUUCAACAUUAUACGUAAUCUAUCUUUAUUAGUUAAUUUCGUAAAACAUUUAAUGUAUUUUCCAAUUUGAAUAGUAAACACUGUUUUUGAAUA